GGAUUUUUCCUGAUCAUGCGCAUUGGAGCGAGCGUUGCAGUUCUCUCUCCUGUAUAUACUUACUUAGAAUUUAGGGUACCAUUGGAUCCGAGUAAGGAACAAAAUAUAACUCUUUGUUCAUGUGACUCUGAUACAAAAGAUAUGGCCACCGCUGACGUAGCAUCUAAUAAGGAGAAACAUAAUUAUUUAGCAGCGUAUCACAUUUUAAAAUUUUCACAAGCUGAUAAGGAUGACACAGAGGUUGUAGACAUUGAGCGCAGAUGUCUUGCCACUAAAUAUUUAACUGCAAGGCAAUCCGAAUCUGAAGAUAUGGCAGCUUGUUUGCUUAGAAGAAGUUUAGAAGAUUACCAGAAUCUGAUGGAGAACAAGAAUGGUGUAAAUAACUAUUGGAAACAAUUUAAAGCUCAAACAUCAAAGAUCAAUAACAAUCCACAGACAUGGAAGACUAGUUUACAUGACGUAGAUAUGGCGCUGAAUUUUAUAAAACCUUUACCUUGCCAAGAUGACAAAACAAUGCCAUGUCACGGAAGGGCUUUCAAUGAUAGACACAUAGAGAAUAUUAUAAGUACUUGGAAAAAUAAAGAAUCUUGUACUCGAAACAGGAAAAUCAGCGGUCACGCAAAAUCAAAUCUAACUUUGUAUUCAAACUUAGAUGAUAAAAUUAGGCUCAGAGAAGAUAGUCAAGACGAAGCGGAGCCGUUUUCUUUCUCGUCGAGUAACUCUGUAGAUGAAACCAAUAGUACACAAGUAAAUUACGCGAAAAAACAGAUACCUAAAUCUUCCCCCAUAACUCAGGAACAUCAACAUUUUCCACGGCAGCAACGACCUAUUAAAUUUGAACAUAAGACACAAUCUAAACUUCUAAAAGAAGACUCGUUCAAUAUGCACAGAAGUAAUUCGAAAUUAAAAUCGCAAGUUUUCGUUCAGAACAGCGAGGAAGAUUCCGCGGCGCCUAAAACUAAAUCGAACUACUUCAAAACUGCUCGAGACGAAUUAACCGUGCAACAGAUGAAAGUUAACAAGCCAGCGGCAAAAAAGACUUUAGGUGGCAAAGUCGCUGUUAAUUCUCAAUUUGUUUGCCCGUUUAAAAGAGAAAAAGAGAAAACGAGCGGUCAAGAGAACAUGUACAACAGCGAAACCGAUACAGGGGAAGUGGAAGAUGAAAGACUGAAGAACAUAGAGCCUAAAAUGGUUGAGUUGAUAAGGAAUGAAAUAAUGGACUCCAAAACGACCAUCUCUUGGGACGACAUAGCUGGCCUUCAAUAUGCAAAGAAAAUUAUCAAAGAAGUAGUAGUGUAUCCUAUGUUAAGACCCGAUAUUUUUACUGGUUUACGCAGGCCACCUAAAGGAAUUUUAUUAUUCGGCCCGCCCGGUACCGGAAAGACUCUCAUAGGAAAAUGCAUAGCUUCGCAGAGUAAAUCGACGUUCUUUUCCAUUUCUGCCAGCUCUUUGACUUCGAAAUGGAUAGGCGAAGGGGAGAAAAUGGUCAGAGCGUUGUUUGCUGUCGCUAGAGUUUAUCAGCCAUCGGUUAUUUUCGUGGACGAAAUAGACUCUUUGCUCACUCAGAGAUCGGAGACCGAGCACGAGAGUUCUAGAAGAUUGAAAACUGAGUUUUUGGUACAAUUAGAUGGAGCCGCGACUGCGGACGAAGAUCGUAUUUUAAUCGUAGGAGCAACGAACAGACCUCACGAACUGGACGAGGCAGCACGAAGACGACUCGUUAAACGACUCUACGUUCCCUUACCAGAGUUUCAAGCUCGUAAACAAAUCAUAAAUAAUCUAUUGCUAACGAUACCGCACAAUCUUACAGAAGAAGAUGUUAACGACGUAGCUCAACAAUCGAAAGGAUAUUCCGGAGCAGACAUGUCCAAUUUAUGCAAAGAAGCCAGUAUGGGCCCGAUUAGAUGUAUUUCGUUCAGUCAAUUAGAAAAUAUUAGGAAGGAAGAUGUUAGGCAGGUGACAAUUGAAGACUUUAAGGAAGCAUUGAUACAUGUACGUCCUAGUGUAUCUGAAUCUAGUUUAACGACUUAUGUCGAAUGGGAUGCUAUAUAUGGAACUGGAACAGCACAGAACCAUACAAUCGAAUAAAUAAUUCGAAAGAAAUCGCUGUGAAGUAUUAGGUUGUCCCGAAAAUUUCUUUCGCGAGUUGCACUCAAUUAUUUUAUGUGGUCGUAUUUAUAUAAAUAGACAAUCUAAUUUCAUAGAUAUUCGUGUUGUAACAGUAAUGGAGCAAAAUGAAUCGUGCACAAUUCGGUAAUGUAACAUAAAACAUAAAAUAUUGUGCAUGUAUUACUUAUUAAUAAAGCGAAAGAAACUUUUGGGACAACCUAAUAAUUGAAACAACUCAGUAUUAAUGUUCCUUUAAAUGUCAGGAAAUAUUUUUGUAAUAAUCACUUUUAUAAUAAAUACGUUUCUUUUAA